AUGGCCUUUGCCAUUUAUCGUCUUCUUCAAAUUGGCCGACGUGAUCCCCGUAUGCCCAAGGGACCUCCAACACUGCCUAUUCUCGGGAACUUCCACCAGAUUCCAUCAAGCGGCCUAUAUGCAAAAUUCCGUGACUGGUCGAAGGAGUACGGCCCGGUAUUUUCGCUAAAAUUUGGACCGACCAAUAUCAUUGUCUUAUGUGAUAGAAAAGCCAUCCAUGCAUUGCUAGAUAAAAAAGGAGCUAUUUACUCGGAUCGUCCUCCUAGCUAUGUAGGCCAUCUUUUGACGCAAGGCGAUCACAUUGCCUUGGAACAAAUGGACCCGAUUUGGCGCGAGAAGCGGAAGGUCAUUUCUCAUAACUUCUCUCCAAAAAACCUUGACGAGAAACAUUUCUUGGUUCAAGAAGCAGAAGCGACUGUUCUACUAAAUGACCUGAUGAAUACCCCGGACGGGUUCUUCAAUCAUGUACGAAGAUACACUGCUUCAUCCGCUUCAGUCCUUGCUUUCGGUCACCGGGGAUCGACCUUUGAUUCAUUUUGGGGUCAUGUCGUUUACGACGUCAUGGACCGAUGGACUGAAGCAAUGGAAGCUGGUGCCAAUCCACCUGUGGAUGAAUAUCCCAUUCUCAAGUUUAUUCCAAAGCGCUUUGCUUAUUGGAAACGACGCGCGAUCGCGGCAGGUGAGGUGUUUGAUUCAAUGUGGGGAAAGGCGCGUCGCAUUGUUGAUGAGCGUCGAGCCAGGGGCAUCAAACGGGAAUGCAUAAUCGAUGACUUGCUUGAUGAGUAUGAGAAGAAAGGCUGGCCGAUGUCCCAACAUGCAUUCAAUAACCUGGUUGGUGAGGUCGUUGAAGGCGCAGCUGAUACCACCGCUGCUCAGAUUCUCACAUUGAUUCUGGCUUUCGCCAAAUAUCCCCACGUCCAGGAAAAAGCGCGACAUGAAAUCGACAAGUUUUGCCCUGCUGAUCGACCGCCGACAUUCAGUGACUUUAAGAAAAUCUCAUACAUCAACCAAAUCGUGAAAGAAGGGAUGAGGUGGCGGCCAGUUGCUGUGACAGGACUUCCCCAUCGUGUCCGCGAGAGCGACUGGUAUGAGGGCAUGCUGAUUCCCAAAGACUCUACGCUUUUUGUAGCCACCUGGGCUAUUCAUCACACAGAAGAGCUCUUCCAAGACCACGACACGUUUGACCCCGAGCGUUACGCAAACCAUCCAAAGCUUGCAAAUGACUACGCCGGAAGCCGCCGAUUAUGCCCAGGGGUGCACUUUGCGGAGCGCAACAUGUGGCGCAUCGCAGCUAAGCUACUAUGGGCCUAUGAAUUCUCCGAACCCAUUGACAGUGUUACCGGGAAGGCUAUUCCCCUGGAUGUGAACGCAUACAACUCAGGAAUCUUGCAGGCACCACUGCAAUUUAAGGUUCGGAUCAAAGUUCGAAGUGAGAAGCACGUCGCGACAAUCAGGAAUGAGUUGGCUGGGGCGUUGGAUUUUCUGAAGAAAUGGGAAUAA